AUGUCCGAACCAGACAUCAACAGUGUGCUCAUGACUUUGCAGAGUCCCUUACCUGCUGUCCGAGAUGAUCGAGAUGACGAAAUCUCUGUUGAGGAUUUUGGAACGGUUUGUAAUUUUUUAAGUCUUUUCCGGUGUAUUUUUUAUGUGAGAACGCUUCAAGUUGGGCUUAAUCGUGCUUCGUCAGAGUAUCAUCGACUGGGAGACUGGAAACAGAUUGUUCGACCAGCCUUGACAGAGAGAGAUUUCCUCCUCAUUCCCCAAGAUGAUGUUCAGGUAUGGUCUAUGAAAAUUGACGGCUUUGGAAGUAUGGAGUCGAUGAUGAACUCGGAUUUUAUGGCAGCAUUCUGGGCUCGUGAGGAGUUCCGUCUUUGCGAUUCUGUGCUAGUACAGGACCCGGACACACUUUUGUUUCGCCGCGACUUGGAAUUAGAAAUACAAUGCAAUGCCCCUCUUCUGGACUGGGAUGCAUCAGAGGGGCCUCUUCAAAUUGUUAUCAACACGCGCUUCAACAUACCCGAAGAAAGCCUUCGGGAAUCCAAAGUACUUGUCAGCUCCGCUCGACCAGCUUUCCUUAGGCUGCUUGCCAAGAUGGAAGGUAAACAGGAUAUACCAUCACAAUUCCGCCUUUCUACCGGCCUUGUUGAUCUUUCGCAAGGUGUCUUGCCUACUGGCGGAUCACAGGCAUUGUACCACUUGGUAGCAGAAAUUCCUCAAUACAAGGAUGGACGGUGGGGCAAGAUCAGAACUAGACUCGACCCCGAUUUCGAUUUCUUCUAUCAUCGUGAUUCUUCAACGUUGAGCAUACUGAUUUAUGCUUCUUUUGACGCAGGGUCUAUGCCAUACCUCAGCCAACGAAGAAAUUCUGCCGUGCCUGAGCAGAAGGAGUCCUCGGACACCAUUGGCCAAAGCUCGGGGCCAAGCGUCUUUGGGUCUGCUACACCUACUUCCUCCGCCUUUCCCAUCACACCGAAUCCAUCGGUUGCUGCACCAUUGAAACAAGAGGUGGUGCCUCAACCAGCUGUGAAAGCUUCAGCUAAAAGAGGUAAUAAUACCCAAACAAGAAUCAGAAAGGGGGGAACGGAUGGCAAGGAGGUCGCCGUCGGCGUGGAUAACAAUAUCAAGCUUCCUACUGCGUUGUAA